AUGUUUAGUAAGGCUGACGACCCGAACGUGCCGAUGGCCCCGACGCCUGCAAUCGAAGGCGUGGACCACAACGGCCUCGUGGUGGGCAAGUGGAAGAACGGACUCUUCGGCAGCUGCUACAUGAACUGUGUCCCUAAUGCCAUCACGCCGCUAUUUUGUCCCGGUAUCUCGAUGGCGCAGAUCUGCGCGCGUCUGGGUAUCGCCAACUUCUUCGCGGUUCUCUUCUCCUAUUUGUCAUACACUCGCCGUGAUCUUGGCGCGCUGGUAAUGCUCUUCACGAUUCGCAUUCGAUUCCGUAUGCGGUACCUGUUUUCCAUCCCUGGAUCGUUGGUGGAGGACAUCUUCUCGUCCGUCUUCUGUUGCUGCUGCGCCGUCGCACAAAUGGCUGAUCAUUCGGAGUCGUUCGAGCCCAAUACGUUUGCCAUUCUACCGCGAGCAACAUUGCCAGGUUACACCUUCGGAUAA